AUGGAGCACGACCUCACGCCCACAUUCUUCAGGUCCCCCGACGGCCAUGAGAUGGCGGUGUAUGACCUCGGCGGGCGCGGCGAUCCGGCGCUGCUGUGUCACUGCAAUGGAUUCCACGGCCCAGCCUACGCGCCACUCGCGUCACGCAUGACAGGACUGUUCCACGUAUACGCAGUGGAUUUCCGCGGGCACGGCGCGUCUCGCGGCCCCAUGACGACGUGGGAGGACCCAACAUAUCUGACCAUGGCUGACGACCUCCAGGGUCUCAUCGACGCCCGCGGCUGGCGCGGGCGGGUCUGCGUCUUCGGCCACAGCCUCGGCGGUGCCGUCGUUCUCUCCGCGGAGGCCCUGCGGCCCGGCACGUUCCGCGCGGUGUUUGUGUACGAGGCCGUCUUGCUGACGCCCGCCCAGAAGGGUGCGUCCGGGCUGCGGCCGCCGAGCCUCGCCGGAGCGCCGCAGAGCGAGGUCGGUGAGGCGCGCGGGGCCACGAACGGCGGAGAGAAGCUCGCCGCGUUCGCGCGGUCGCGUUUGGAUGCGUUUGCCAGCGUCGAGGAUGCGCGGGCAGAGCUGGGGUCGACGAAGCCGUUCUCGCACCUCGACAGACGGUGCCUCGAUGCCUUCAUUCGGUACGGUCUCGCGACGCGCGAGGACCCGGCAUUCAAGGCGAUCUUCCCGGACGUUGGCCCGGCGGUCGAGGCGCGGCGUCAGACGGGGCAAGACACCCCCCCAAAACCGCUCGCAGCCAGCACUCCCCCGGGGGAGCGCCGCGUGGUGUGGGUCCGGUGCCCGCGCGAGGUCGAGGCGCGCAUCUACGAGCUCGCGCCUGGCCAGGAGCGCUACCAGCUGUUCGAGAGGCUUCCCGCCAUCAAAUGCCCCGUCGCGGCCGCGCGGGGCCGCCUCACCAGCGGCGCGCACGGGGCGCUCGCGGAGGCGGCGGCGUGGAUCGUGGAUCAGGUCAGCGGGCCGUCCAGGCUGUUUCGCUUCGACGACCUCUUCCACAUGGGCCCGCUGGAGAGCCCUGACCGCGUCGGCGACACAGUGGCGCGCUGGUUCGCGCAGUGGGCGCCGGGCGCGGAAGCGGGCGCGCCGACGCGGAGCAGAAUGUGA